AUUAAUUACAUUAUACUCCUUGUUCUCGAGAUUCGACAAAGGCGUUGUGUUGGACGAAGUAAGUUUUUUUUCCGUGUGCCCCGAAAUACUCGCGGCACACAUGGCGUCAAGAUGCUCGUUCAACACAGUAGUCGACCCUUUUUGUGGUGCUGGUGGCAAUGCCAUACAGUUAGCUCUGACAUGUCACCAUGUUAUCGCUGUUGAUGUUAACCCGGCUAAAAUCAAAUUAGCCCGCCAAAAUGCCCAAAUAUACGGAGUCGAUGAAAAAAUCGACUUCCGUGUAGGCGAUUAUUUCAACAUUUUAGACCGGGUUCGUGCAGAUACAGUUGUGACAUCGCUGCCGUGGGGCAGACCCGGCUACUCCAGAUAUUUCGACACGAAUGAUCUGUGUAGCCGGGAAGCGGGUGGCAUGUCAAGCAUCCUCAGUAUGGCAAAGAAGCUCGAACUGUACUACACGUGCCGAAGACCAUUGUCCGAGAACAGUGUUUACACUUAUCAAGAAAUGCAAACUUCGGCCGUGUAGAGUUCGAGGACGUUAUGAUCGAUGGACGACAGAAUUGCACAAAUAUAUAUUUGAAAUUGCGUCAGGAUUACAGGCGAUUCGGACUUGCCGUCACUACAAAAGUGAAAUUGGACACCGGAUAUAAAAAUCGGUGGUCAAGUUCUAAUAGCCUAAUGCAUAUUCCACCUAUUUGGAAAAAACUAAACAUUUUUUGACAUCCAAAUAACUGACUUCGGGAACAUUUUCCCAAUAUUUUUUUGU